CGGCGCGGCGCCCAAUUACCAAGACGGGCCACUAGCGCGGGUGCGACGCGACCCUUGUCUCGCCAGCCAGCCAGCCCGGCGCCCGCCUGCGGAUUGCCAGCCGCCGACGCGCGGGGGCCGGUGCGCCGGGCGAAUGGGCACCUCGGCCGGCUCAACGACGGCCCGACCCCCGAGGCAACCGCGCGGCGCCGGUGCCGAGGCGUCGUCCCCCGUCUUCCUCAACGUCUACGACGUCACCCCCGCCAACGGCUACGCCCGCUGGCUCGGCCUUGGCGUCUACCACUCCGGCGUCCAAGUUCACGAGGUGGAGUAUGCGUACGGGGCGCACGACGGGGCCAGCAGCGGGAUCUUCGAGGUGGUGCCGCGGCGCUGCCCCGGGUACACUUUCCGGGAGUCCGUGCUGGUGGGCACGACGGACCUGACCCGGGCUGAGGUACACGCGCUCAUGGCCGAGCUCGCUGCCGACUUCCCCGGCGACGCCUACAACCUCGUCUCCCGCAACUGCAACCACUUCUGCGACGCCGCGUGCCGCCGCCUCGUCCGCGCCCGCAUCCCGCGCUGGGUCAACCGCCUCGCCAAGAUCGGCGUCGUCUUCACCUGCGUCCUCCAGGGCAACGGCAGGGCUGUCGGCAGCAAGGGCAAGUGCCCCGCCGGCGGCAUCAGGAGCCGCUCCGCGCUCCAGGAGGCCUCCGCGCCGCCGCGGGCGAGGACGUUCUUCCGAUCCCUCUCCAUCGGCGGUCGCAAGAACCUGACUCCCCGACCGCAAUCAACCUCCCAACCGCCGCCGGCACCCGCCUCGACGUCAACGUCGUCGGGCUCCACCACGUAAUUGCGCCAUUUUUUCUCUCCAUUUUUGUUACAGUUUUAUCUGAUCUUUUUUAACUAAACAACUCUGUGCAUAUAGUAUUACUUUGUUCUGAUUUAAGCCU